UUCUUCCAGUGUGGCCCAGGAAAGCCAGAAUAUUGGACACUCCUGAUGUACAUGAUGAGUAUAUUAUAAAACCUUUCGACUUAUUUGUACUUUUAAUCUGUUCUAUAUUCCUGAAUUUCAAAUUUAAGUUUUUACUUUAAAAUUACCAGUCAAAAGUUUGUUUUUUUGUUGUUGUUUUGGGGGAGAAUUCUCAUUAUCACUGAAAACAAAAAAAAUUCCAUUCUAAAGUUCGUACACCCUAGAAUCCAGCUUGUAGACAGUGGAUUUCACAAUAUUCCCAUCUGAAAUUCUUAGUUCUGUUUCUUUCAUAUCUCUGACAGAGUUCCCACAAUUUAUAAGACUUGCUACAAAACCACUAAUUGAAUUGCAACCCUUGUUAGUUAAUAGAGGUCAAAGUAUUAGUUCUAAAUAAUGCAACUUGCUAUGUUACUCAGAAAUUCCAGGAAAAACCUUUUUUUCCAUGAUACUCAGUUUCACUCUUAGCAGCACACAACAGUCACGUUGUUCAGCUCAUGAACAAAAUACUAAGUCCCUGGUCUUUUAAAAAGCCUAUUGUCCCAAUUAGAAACCCCAAUUUUUUGCAUGUGUUUUAUGAAAUCUAAAUCCUAGAAAUUAAGUUCUGAGUGUUAGAAAAUUUCAACUUCUUCAUUCUAUAAAAACAUAGUGCUUGUAACGACUUCUUAACCUUGGUAUGGAUUAGACAAGGCAGGAUAACUGAUGUGAUUUCACAUCGAAGUUAAAUAAUCUAAGUGUGCAGAGCACACCAUUCUUACCCUCAGAGAGUGCACACUCUUGUUUGAAGGCAGCUCUAUAAAGCUAUCAUUAUAAUCCAUUUUGGUAAAAACAAUUUGAUAAGAUGCCUGAAGGCUUGUGGAAGCACAGAGUAAGGGAUUUCAUUCAUUCCAGGGGGCUCAGGAAGGAAUUUCUGGGUAAGGAGACACCUGCAGUUCAUCUCAAAGAAUGAUGAGGUAUUAUUAGACUAGGGGUGUGUAGGCUUUUCUAAACCCACUUUCACCUUGAUUUUACUAAUUUAUCACACUGAGCUGCCCUUCCAGAGACACUGUUCUACUUACUGUAGAGUGAACAGUUAUCCCCAUUUGCUAGGAACUUUGUUGGCUUCAACCCUGGAAGUCCCAUGUCCUGAGAUACCCCUCAUUCCGGGGUCAGUCAGACACCUGGUCCCCGAAAUUUAUUGCCUCCCAGUUGUAAUGUGUGUUGUUGACUGUUGCUUUGCUCUUGCCAGUUUCUUAUCUAGAAUGGGGGAUUACCUUCUCACGGCCUCGAAUUCCUCGUGGGACCCGCGCAGACGCUUGCACCCAGUAGAUGCUCGUGAAGCCGUGGUCACCCAGGAGCCCGAUGUGCAAGGCAGGUGUGAGUGCUGGGACGGCAUUCCUGGAGAUGAAGGCCUGGAGCUGCGGUCUGCGGACUCGGCAGUGCCCGUGGCCAUGACCCAGGCUGCUGUGCGGCCCUGGUCACCCUGCCCGGAGAACAUGACCACUGCCCCGAACGGCCUCGGGCCAGGCCCCGCAGCCCCCUGUCCAGGCUCGGACCUGAAAGAUCCCAAGAUGGUGACCUCGCUUGCGUGUGGAAACGGAGUCUGUGGCUGCAGCCCUGGUGGCGACACGGACACCCAGGAAGCCAGACUCAGCCCAGCCAAGCUUGUGCGCCUCUUUGCCACCAGCCGGAAGAGGACGAGUGCCCAGCCCGAGCGGCCCCGCUCCGUGGUGCUGGUGGGCAGCUCCUCCACGUGGAACACCCUCGCCUCCUUCCGGAAAAUGGGAUCCUUUAAGAAACUGAAGUCCUCGGUCCUGAAAGGAAUUCAGAGCCGAGAGGGGUCAAAUGCCUGUUCCAAGGGAGAGGCUUUGGAGCACGGCCUGGGAAAGCCCAUCCUGAAUGGCACCGUCCCAGGAGCCCAGGCAGGCAGGGGCUCCCCGUCAGCACCGGGACCAGCCUGUGGUACCCUCAGGCCAGCAGAGGGGGCCACACUGGAUGGCUCCGACCUCGAGGACACGGAUGAUCCCUUCCAGCGGAGCACACACCGCUCCCGCAGCCUCCGCAGAGCCUACGGCCUGGGCCGCAUCUGCCUGCUGGAUGCGCCCCAGAACCAUGCGACACCCACGGUGGCCACUGGCCAGGUGCCCACCAUGUGUGAGAUUCUCGUGAGGGAUCCUGAAAACAACAGCAUGGGCUACAGGAGGAGCAAGAGCACUGACAAUCUUGCCUUUCUGAAGAAGAGCUCCUUUAAGCGGAAGUCCACCUCCAAUCUGGCAGACCUCAGGACGGCGCAUGACGCACAGGUGCCCCAGAGGACCCUAAGCAGUUCCUCCACUGACUCCCAAAAGCCUGGGUCAGGAAGGACCAAACGCUGGAGGAGCCCGAUAAGGGCCAAGGACUUUGACAGAGUCUUCAAACUUGUGAGCAAUGUGACUGAGGCCGCCUGGAGGAGGGAGAGUCCCAGGAGUGGGGCCCCGUCCCCUGGUGAGGCCGGCCUGAGACUCCAGGCACACAGCCGGCUGCAUGACGACUAUUCCCGCCGCGUCUCCAGGAGCACUGAGCAGGACAGCAGGCGGGGCGGGGCGGUCAUGCAUGGUACCGCUGCAGCCUGCACCGUGGCCGCUGGUUUCGGCUCGGCCACCUCUAAGGGGCCCCACGUAGACGCUGACGCCGCCGUAUUUCCUCUUGAAGCCAAAGGUUCCUGGGCGGUGGAAAGCGACAGUGCUUGCGCUGGCAGCUCCUCGCCAAGCCCGAUUGUCCAGGAUGUGUUGAGCAAAGACUCCUGUGACCCAAACGCUGGCAGCCAGUUCACAUUUGACCCUGAGCAGCCUCCCACCCCUCUAAGGCCCACCACACCCAAGCCCCAGAGCCCUCAGAGCCCCGGGGCAGGAAGUGCCAAGUGUCACAGCAAUCACAGUGCCCCAUCCGUGAGUUCGGAGGAGAGUGAAGGAAGGGCAGAAGGGUCUGCUCAGAGAGAGCCAGGGCCUGUGUCCUCACAGGAUCCUGUGGAAGCCACACGUGGUGUUGAGGGCAGCAAGGACCUUUUGGUGAACACCGGUGGGGCAGCCAGCCCAGAAGAAGAGGAGGAGGAGGUCUUCCAUGAUGGCCCAUGGAGGCGAGGUUCAUCACAGGAUGAGGAAAGGACAGAGGCACAGAGAACCCCCAGGAGGAGAUGGGGCUCUGGGAGACGGCCAAGGCCUCGGCCGUUCUCUGACUACGGCCAGCUAGCCAGCCGCAGUUUGUCUAUUCCUGAAGACUCGGUUGCUGCAGACCCCCAGAAGGAAGACCGUGUGAACGAGGACCCCCAGGCAAGCUUGACUUCUGCCAGCCCUGAAGACCAGAAUGCUCCGGUGGGCUGCCCCAGAGGAGCCCGGAGAAGACGCCCCAUUUCCGUGAUAGGUGGGGUCAGCUUGUAUGGGACCAACCAGACGGAGGAACUGGACAGUCUUCUGACCCAACCGGCUUCCAGGCCGCCCAUGCCUGCUCACCAGGUGCCACCCUACAAGGCUGUGUCGGCCCGGUUCCGGCCCUUCACGUUCUCCCGGAGCACCCCCAUUGGGUUGGACCGUGUGGGACGCCGGCGGCAGAUGAGAGCAUCCAACAUUUCUUCAGAUGGAGGAACUGAGCCGUCUGCCUUAGUGGAUGACAACGGUAGUGAGGAGGACUUGAGCUAUGAGGACCUCUGCCAGGCGAGCCCUCGGUACCUGCAGCCCGGCGGGGAGCAGCUGGCCAUCAAUGAGCUGAUCAGUGAUGGCAACGUGGUCUGCGCAGAAGCCCUGUGGGACCAUGUGACCAUGGACGACCAGGAACUGGGCUUCAAAGCCGGGGAUGUCAUCCAGGUUCUGGAAGCUUCCAACAAGGACUGGUGGUGGGGCCGCAGUGAGGACAAGGAGGCCUGGUUCCCCGCGAGCUUUGUCAGAUUGCGAGUGAAUCAGGAAGAGCUGUCGGAGAACUCCAUCAGCACCCGCAGUGAGGAGCAGGACGAGGAGGCCAGCCAGAGCCGCCACAGACACUGCGAGAACAAGCAGCAGAUGCGGACCAACGUCAUCCGGGAGAUCAUGGACACUGAGCGGGUGUACAUCAAACACCUCAGGGACAUCUGCGAGGGCUAUCUCCGACAGUGCCGCAAGCACACGGGAAUGUUCACUGUUGCGCAGCUAGCCACUAUUUUUGGAAACAUUGAAGAUAUUUACAAAUUCCAAAGAAAGUUUCUGAAAGACCUUGAGAAACAGUACAACAAAGAGGAACCUCACUUGAGUGAAAUAGGAUCUUGCUUUCUUCAAAAUCAAGAGGGCUUUGCCAUCUAUUCCGAGUACUGCAACAACCACCCGGGCGCCUGCCUGGAGCUCGCCAACCUCAUGAAGCAGGGCAAGUACAGACAUUUCUUCGAAGCCUGCCGCCUGCUGCAGCAGAUGAUUGACAUCGCCAUCGACGGGUUCCUGCUCACACCGGUGCAGAAGAUCUGCAAAUACCCGCUGCAGCUGGCCGAGCUGCUCAAGUACACCACACAGGAGCACGGUGAUUACAGCAACAUAAAGGCAGCGUAUGAGGCCAUGAAGAAUGUGGCCUGUCUGAUCAAUGAGCGCAAGCGCAAGCUGGAGAGCAUCGACAAGAUAGCUCGCUGGCAGAUGUCCAUCGUGGGCUGGGAGGGACUGGAUAUCUUAGACCGAAGCUCAGAAUUGAUUCAUUCUGGGGAACUGACCAAAAUCACUAAGCAAGGCAAAAGCCAGCAGCGGAUGUUCUUCCUGUUUGACCACCAGCUGGUGUCCUGCAAGAAGGACCUGCUGCGCAGGGACAUGCUGUACUACAAGGGCCGGCUGGACAUGGAUGAGAUGGAGCUUGUGGACCUGGGAGAUGGGCGCGACAAGGACUGUAACCUCAGCGUGAAAAAUGCCUUCAAGCUCGUCAGUAGGACCACAGACGAGGUUUAUUUGUUUUGUGCCAAAAAACAAGAAGACAAGGCAAGGUGGCUGCAGGCCUGUGCAGACGAAAGGAGGCGGGUGCAGGAGGACCAGGAGAUGGGAAUGGAAAUUUCAGAAAACCAGAAGAAACUUGCCAUGUUAAAUGCUCAAAAGACAGGACAUGGAAAGUCGAAAGGCUACAACAGGUGCCCCGUGGCCCCACCGCACCAGAGCCUGCACCCCAUCCACCAGCGCCACAUCACUAUGCCCACAAGCGUACCCCAGCAGCAGGUAUUUGGCCUGGCGGAACCCAAAAGGAAGCCCUCACUCUUCUGGCACACCUUCAACAGACUCACCCCCUUCCGGAAAUGAAAACAGGAGGCUGUGCUUCCACGGAGCUGGGUGUCAAGAGGAGAACUGUCUUUGUUUCUUGUGUGCUUCAAUCCAGGGAAGGUUUCUUGGACCCAGUGAUAAAAACUUCCUUUUUGGGAUCAAUGAAGGAGAGAAGGUCUUGGAAUCACCUUCAGUCUUUGGAGACCCAGCUGCCUUUGUGGAAGGGAGGAGAUGGUCAUGACACAAAGCUUUAUCAAAACUACACAGAAACACCCGUGACCCGCUAGGAGAUGGCCCAGAUGUGGGACCCGGUACCGUGCUCUACAGUGAGUGGUGAGGCAGGAGCUGAAGCCACCCCUGCUGAUGGUGAGCAAGUGCUGCCUCUGGUCCAAACACAGCAUCCAGGGCUUUGCAGCUCCUACGGGGUGACGAGGUUAGAGGAUCGCUUCGGCGUUUGAUUUUCAAGGAUGUCAUCAAGACAGGGUUGACACAAUGCUGCACAUGUCUGGUCACACUUAGAAAUUGAGCUCUUACUCUCUUCUGUAACACGGGGGGACGUACAGCUGCCGUGGAGCUGACCACGGUGUUCCCUGGCAUUGUCCACACAGAUGCUAAAUGGUAGUACAGACGUCAUCCUGCAAGGUUCCUCUUCCUGCAAGCGAAGGGGAGAGAAACAAGAGGCAUCUGUCACCUUCCUCGCAGUCCUCAGUGCAGAGCAACUUACGCAUCCUCAAGAAUCCACUGCUUUUCAGGCAAGGAGGGAGAAAUCCUCCUGCACACUGGCUUUGUCCCGGAGUCGGUUCCCUCCUGCCCGCACGUCUUGAGUAACUCCGAGCAGAAAUCACGUCUUGCCCACAUACUGUAACCUAAGAAAAUGCUAUUCAAGGCUGGGCACGGUGGCUCAUGCCUGUAAUCCCAGCACUUUGGGAGGCCAAGGCAGGUGGAUCACCUGAGGUCAGGAGUUCAAGACCAGCCUGGCCAACAUUGCAAAGCCCAGUCUCUACUAAUAAUACAAAAAUUAGCUGGGCAUGGUGGCGCAUGCCUGUAAUCCCAGCUACUGGGGAGACUGAGGUUGGAGAAUCUUUUGAACCUGGGAAGCAGAGGUUGCAGUGAGCUGAGAUCGCACCAUUGCACUCCAACCUAGGGGAUAGAGCAAGACUCUAUGUCUCCAAAAGAAAAAAAAACUGCCAUUCAAACAACUGUUUGCAAUAUAAAAAGCUCAUUUACUCUAAUAUUUAUGAUACAGUGAAUAUGAAAAUGCACUGGUCAGAAGGCAUUCUCAAAAAGCCGCACUGCUCCCGACAUCGUCCUUACCAGUGAAAUCGCAAAGACAGGCAAAGCAGUCCUGCUUCUUGGGAAUCAGAAGCUGCCUUUAUCACAUAAAGCCAAACAGUAGGGCAUAACUGUGUCACCUGAGCAUGUCAUCAGGCUUCUGAGGACUUGUUCUUUACAAGAGAGACCUUCACAAAAUAUCUUGGCUCAGAGAGAGCAGUCUUUAUUAACAAAGGCCAUGCGCGCUGACACCUGCAGAUAAUCACCUCCUUUUCUUUGUGUUGUACAUUUUCAUGACAUAACUUUUAACUAUGUCUAGAGAAGGCAGGCUCUGCAGCAGAGAUGCCCUUUCAACCUGCUCAGUGCCCUGGACAGGAGAUACUGUGUUACACUGUUAAUGGAUUUCUAUUUGAGAAGCUCAUUUUUGUAUGCAAUCCCUGCAAAGUUUUUUUUCUAACAGGCCCAUGUUUGAGAAUAAACAAGUCUGUGAUGUCA